UUCAAAGCAAACAUAACCCCUCCCGCCGCUCCCCGCUGCCGUCAUCGUACUCAGUCUUCAUUUGUAUGCGAAAGGUUACGGGCGAACUGCCGCGCAGAAAUCAACUCGUCGCCGUCGUACCGUUUAGUGGUGAAUUUUUCGAUAAUUGUGUUUUCAAGUGUUCAAACUAUGCCGAAGCGGUCUAGAAAGAGGAGUCGUAGCUCUUCUCCUUCCACUGUAGGGGAAAAGUUUUUGAAAAUUGUCAAGAGAUUGGAGAAGCGAUUGGAUAAGAUGGAAGAGAAAAGACCAAGGCAAUGGCAUCAUGGCAGUUCAUCGGGAACCUCUAAUUCCGAGGACGGAUCCGAUAGCCACUCGUAUGAUAGGCGUUCCUAUUCAGGAUCGGAAGCUGACGGUGGAUCAGAUAUAGGAGAAAAAGAAGAUGUAACAAAUGAGGGAAAUAAUGUUGGCGAACUUAAUGGUGACAUAUUGUUAGCCUUGGGGGGACGAAGUGGAAUUGCUAGAAACUAA